GUCAUUCCUCACCUGAGAUGCACAUCUCAGUCUUUGAUCUUAACUCAAAAAUUGCAUUGGAAGAAUGCAAAACAUGCUGCAAUAAACUGUUCCACUGCCCUGUUUGUCCCAACUUCGAGCCCACAGUGAAGGAAAAGAUUGAGAAACACAUGAACCACCACAUUAGUCAUGGUUUACCUUACAAAGACAAAAUUUUACUCCGAUGCAGCCUUCAUUGUAGGCCAGAGGGACAUUUCCACUGCCCCAUCUGUUCUAGAACAGUCAUGCGCCGGUUGGAUAUGAAGAGGCAUUUACUGUUAUGUGAGGGAUUUAUGAGAAAAGAUCCAAACCCAGAGCCAUGUCUGCCACCCACCUCACCCCCUAAGGACCAUCUUAUUAAGCUACUUUCUUCACCAUCUGUGAAACCUCUCCUGCAAGUCAUCCCCCCAUCCAAGAAGCCACUCCUGCAAGAUUCGCCAUCUUCUGUGGAGCCUCUCCUGCCUGAUGCUGCACCCACUGUGAAGCCUUUUCUGCCAGACACUGCACCUGGUCCAGUUUCUGAUCCGCAACCCUCUACAUCUUCGAACGAACAUUCCUAUUCUCAAGCCUCUGGGUCUGAUGUAACCAUGGCUUAUGGAAAUGCAGUGAAAUGCCCUCACUGUAAUAAUAAUAUUUACUUGCUUAUGUUUAACAAACCUCCCACUUUUAACAUAAAUAACUGAGAAAUAACAAAGAAAUUGUACAUAUAGGUUUUACUGUUAUGCCAUGGGUUGGUCUGUAAUUAGGAUUUAUUCUGAGACAAAACAGAUUUAUCUUUGAAUGAAUGAUAAGCAGAUGACCAGUAAUCAUCCACUGAGAGGCAAGGUCUUUAAAUCAGGGUAUUCUUUGACCCAACAUACAUUAAUCAUUGGAAUCGUUAGUUGUCUUGUUACUUUGUUUGGUUUUUGUACAUAAAGGGUAAAACAUUUUUUACAUAUUUCUUGAAUUGUUUUCAAGUUCAGCUGCAACCUGGACUAUAUGUACAAAUAAAACCUAAAAACAUCACUA